AUGUUUCUUUGCUUGUUCUUGGUGCUGAUGGGCAUCUGCGGCGCCGUUCGCCAGGUGAUCAGCAACGAUGUUGGGACUAUGCAGAAGGGUGCAGCCGGAGGAGGUUAUGUUUGCGAAUGCUGGACCGGUGGAAUCAGUAAGAAGUACUGGUCACGUGCAACAGAGAGCUAUCGCGACUGCCAGACGUAUUGCGACCGGCGGUGCCAGCAGUUUGCCGAAAAUUAUGGCUAUCGCUAUGCAUCCGGCUCGUGCAACUACGAAUCUGGCAUCGGAAUCGCAACUUCAGGGGGUGCUAUUGACUACACUGGGAUCCUGUUAUGGCCGACGGCUGGAGUCCCCUUCGAUGCUCCUCAUUCGACACAGAUACCCCCGAGCUUCCAGUCCUUUGCGGUCCUGCUGCCGCAGUGGUUCACCUUUGUUUUAGACACCUGCGGCAGACUCGCGGAC